UGCCCAUGAGGUCGUUGCUGUUGGUGCUCCUGCUGAUCGGCAUCCAGGCUGUACUGAACAUGGGAGGGGCCCUGGGCCCGGUGGCAGCCAACCACAGCGCAGAACACCACACAGCGGCCAAUGGCAGAGCAGAACAGCAGCGGACGGCCCGCCUCUCAGUGUCAGCUCAGCAGGAGCAGCCAGCAGCAGGCAAGGAGACUCAGCAGAGACCCAGCCGGACCAGACAUGCCCACAGGCCAGCCUCUCUACCCCAGGACCGGAGCUCUUCCCUGGGACUCUCUGAGACAGGCUCCUCCUCUACUCCCUCCAUCCCGGAGGUGGACCCCAAACGGUUCAGCAAGCGGCGAUACCGCUCCUCACCGCGCGUCGUCUUCAGCAACGUACCCCCCUCUCACCACGACCUGGGGGUGGAGACAGGGGACGAAGAGGAGGUUGGAGGGGUGAGGGUGAGGCGGAGGGCGGGGGGGCAGCCUGUGCACAGGGGAGAAUACUCAGUGUGCGACAGCAUCAACGUGUGGUUGGGCAACCUGACCAAGGCCACGGACAUCGCAGGCAACGAGGUGGAGGUUCUACCAGAGGUGAAGAUAGACAACGUCCGGAAGAAACAGUUCUUCUACGAGACCACCUGCCGCGCGGCCACAACCCCGUGGGGGGGAGCUGGGGCUGGGGGAGGGGCCAAGUCAGGGUGCCGCGGCAUCGACAGCCGUCACUGGAACUCCUACUGCACCAACACACACACCUACGUGCGCGCGCUCACCAAAUUCAAGGAGCAGACGGCAUGGAGGCUGAUACGCAUCAACGCAGCGUGUGUGUGUGUCCUCAGCCGCAAGUCCUGGAGGCACUGACCUUCAACCCCUAGGACUAUGGACCAUGAACCCUGACCCAUAUAUACACACACACACACACACACACACACACACACAUACGGAAUACACACACACACACAAAGACAAAACAAACACUGAUUGCACAGUCAGACACGUAAACAUCCUUGAAACAGCCACUACAGAUGUAUUACAAAUACAGUCCCCUGAUACUCCACUCACACACCCAGACACACCCAGACACACUCACCUGGACCCGACCAGCUCCC